AUGUCGUCUUCAAGUUCUUUGGAAAAGAGCCCUAGUGCUAAACACGAGACUAUGCAUUCCUUCAUGGGUAUGCGUGGUCCUAGGUUAAAUUUCGCUGUAUCUGUAAUUGCUGGUGUUGGUUUUUUAUUGUUUGGGUAUGAUCAGGGUGUCAUGGGCAGUUUGCUAACCCUAGAAUCAUUCAGGCAUACACUCCCAGAAAUCGAUGUGCAAGAUAAUCCUAGCAGGUCAACUUUACAAGGUUUUGUGAUUGCGUUAUAUGAACUCGGUUGUAUGUCUUCAGCCUUGUCGACAAUAUAUUUGGGUGAUAAAUUAGGUAGAUUGAGAAUAAUAUUUUUGGGGGCAAUCAUAAUGACGAUUGGGGGUGCUUUACAGUCCUGUGCUUAUACAUUGGCCCAUUUCAUAGUUGCUCGUGUUGUGACUGGUAUCGGCAAUGGUUUUAUCACUUCUACUGUUCCAGUUUGGCAGGCGGAGGCAAGUAAAUCUCACAUGCGUGGUAAGCUUAUUAUGAUGGAAGGUAGCUUAAUCGCGUUGGGUAUCACGAUAUCGUAUUGGGUUGACUUUGCAUUAUACUUUGCUAGAGAAGGGCCCACUCACGACGUUUCGUGGAGAUUUCCUAUUGCAUUUCAAUGUGUUUUUGGUCUCAUUCUUAUUGCAUGCAUUCUUAAAUUCCCUGAAUCACCUAGGUGGUUAUUGAAGAAGAACAGAGAAAACGACGCAAGAGUAGUUUUUUCAGCAAUGUAUGAUUUACCAGAUGAUGACCCAUUGAUCAACGCACAAAUCGAUGAAGUUAAACAAUCCAUAGCAACUGAAGUUGAUAGUGGGCUGGAUAAGUUUUCACUUAAAAGUUUGUUCACUCAAGGCGAAAAAAGGAACUUCCACAGGGCUUGUUUAGCUUUCUGCGUUCAGAUGAUGCAACAAAUCUCCGGUAUUAACCUUAUCACGUACUAUGCGGGAACGAUUUUUGAAGUUUAUAUCGGAAUGCCACCUAAGCAGUCUAAAAUUUUGGCUGCUUGUAAUGGAACUGAGUAUUUUCUCGCUUCGUUGAUUGGGUUUUGGACAAUUGAAAGAUUAGGAAGAAGGUUUUUGUUAAUUUGGGGAGCAGUGGGAAUGUCGGUUACAAUGGCUAUACUAACAGCAACGAACUGGAAGGCCAAUCCAGAUUUUAAAAAUCUUGAUUCUCCAGAUAAGGAUUCUAAAGCCGCCAUAGCUUCCGCUGUAUUUUUAUUCGUCUUUAACUCAUGUUUUGGUAUAACAUACUUGGGAGGAACCUGGCUAGUUCCGCCGGAGAUUCUUCCCUUGGGUAUCAGAGCACCCGGUGCUGCAUUAUCAACUGCUGCCAACUGGAUUUUCAACUUUCUAAUUGUUAUGAUAACACCCCCUGCUUUCACUAAUAUUGGGCCGUACACUUAUACAAUAUUUGCUGUGAUCAAUGCCUUGAUGGUUCCUGUCGUUUAUUUCCUUUAUCCGGAGACCAAAGGCAGAAGUUUGGAGGAAAUGGACAUCAUAUUUGGACAAUGUCCAGUUAAUCAACCUUGGAAAGUUGUACAAAUUGCGAAUGAUUUGCCCUACAUGCAUGCGGGUGCUAAUAACAACGAGGACAUAGAGGAUAAGCCCAAGGGUUCUUUUGAGCAUGAUGAAAAGGUGUCUGUGAGAGAAGAGGAAUUGAUGGGUUAA